AUGUUAGACCUGCACCCGAACCUGGCAUUGUCCGGUCUGAUCUCUGAACUCCUUGUAUAUUGCACCAACAAGGCCUAUGGAUGCCCACAGAUUGUUCGGCAGGACGCACUUCAUGGGCACGUUCUUUACUGCUCCUAUGCACCCUCAGUCUGCCCCAACAAGAACCUGGGAUGUCCUUACAAAGGAACUAUGCGAGACGCUAAGGAACAUCUCCAUAACUGCGUCUAUGAGCGAUUCAAAGGCUACAUUGACUUCACCAACAAGCGGUUCGAAAAACUGGAGUCUCUUUUGGCUGUACGUGGAUCGUUCGGAAAGGGCGUGGUGUACACUACAGAGGCGGAUGGAAGCGACUCUACAUCAAAAUCGAAUAAUGAGCCAGAUGGAUCCCAGCGUGGCGACUCAUCACCGUCCUCUGGAACAAGGCGGACGGUUGUCUCGACUUUUCCUCACGAUGAGAUUACAUGCCAUCGAACCAUUGCCAUUCACCCAUGUGGCGUAACCAGUGUGGCCGUGAAUCAGGAUAGAGUGUUUGCAGGAGCGCACGAUGGUAGUACCAAGGUAUUCGAUAUCAACACUGGGGAGCUUCUAAAGGACUCGAAGGGACAUACGAUGUCUGUCUGGGGACUGGCUGUUGUUCCCUCGGGCGAUCGCUAUUUCAGCGCUGGAUCAGAUGGAACGAUUAAAGUCUGGGAUUGGCUCAAAGAGGACGAAGAAAGCUGUCUGGUCAAAUCAAUACCGGACCAUAAUGCGAAGGUCUAUGGUCUUGUUGUGGACCAAGGGCGACUGUACUCGGCAUCUUCGGACAAAACUGUCAAGGUCUGGGAUAUUGAGACACUGGAAUGCCUUGCGACCUUCCAGGGCCACACAGGAGGCGUCAACAGUUUGGCAGCACUCCCGGAUGCCAGCUCACGCCAGCUGGUGACAGGAUCCUCUGACAAAACGAUCAAGCUUUGGGAUGUCACUACGGGAACCUGUCUAAAGACCGUCCGUCGAGGCACCAGCGAGGUUUUGGAUGUCGCAGUUGGCGAUGGUAUGAUUUUUGGAAGUACCUAUGAUGCCGUCAUUCACGUCUAUGACCUGAACGAGACGCGGGAGUUGGGAACACUCAGCGGACACAACUGGGAAGUCUGGCAGCUCGAGUACGGACAAGGCCACCUGUUCAGUGCCAGUUUUGAUCAUACCAUCAAGCGAUGGGAUCCACGGCGGUUCCAGUGCGAUCUUACGCUAAAGGGUCACAAGAGUUUUGUCCAUGGAAUGGCGCUGGCGGACAAUUAUCUUGUCACGGGAUGUGCCGAUCGCACGAUCAAGGUGGGUUCGGCUGAGUAA